UUCACCUCUUCAUAUCUCAACUCUCGCACUGCUCGUGUGAGCACACCAUCGUCGAUAUCCUCGUCACGCCUAAAACAAGAAUUUGAAUCACCGCCCGAAUUACAAUGGCGGAGCCUGCCCCUUCCUCGGUCAUAAUCGGUGGCUCAACACUUGCUGAAGAAGAACAGAAAAAUAAGCCUAUCAACCCUCUGCUCUCCGUCCUCUCGGCCUUGCUUCAGCUCUUUAAACCGCCCUCGCCGAAGCCCGCCGCUCCUGACGAAACUCAGCCCAUUAAUCCAGAACAAGAACUUGCAAAGGAAGAAGAGAAACCUUCUGUGGUGAAGUUUCCCAGGGCGGAAUUCCCCUCCUUGAAACUCGAAUCCCAAGAAUCUGAGACCGAUACUAACCCCGUCGUCCUAUGGCAGGUUUAUGCUAUUGGUGGGUUCUUUGUUCUGAAAUGGGCAUGGAGUAGAUGGAAUGAAAGGAAGUUGAAGAAGAGGCCAUCCAAUGAAAACAUACCCCCACCUUCUAUGGAGUGAUUGAUUACUCACUCCAUUAGUUUUUUCUACAUGAUAGCUUUUAUAAUACGAGUUUCCAUAUUGUAAAAGACUUUUAACAUUCACAAUGGAUCUAUAGCAUCAGUUUCAUGGGUCAAGAGUUGUUCGUUUAUUCGCUUAA